UUUGAAUUUGAAUUGAAUGUGGCCAACCGUCCAUUGUUUUGUUCAGCAGGGUUUUGUGUGCUUUUUACCGUCAGAUGAAUUAGGUUGAAUAUUGAAGUAUUUUUUCAAGUGUAAGAAAAUCUGUGUGAAAAACAUCUGCCAAUAUCCAUAGUAUUGAGAAACUAAACGUAAACUGACUUCACCUCAGAAAGACUGUGAUGACGUUCAUAAGAUGUCAAGGAAACUAGGCUCGACACAACUGUCAACAUAAACAUCUAAAACCUGCUUGAAUGAGAGACCAGCAAAUUGUGCGAUAGAUGAUAAAUUGCACCAAACUUCUGACAUUCGAAUUUUUGGAACUGCCUUCGAAGAGGUAUGAGCAUCAAGGAGGUAAAAGUGAGGUAUUGAAAAAUCGGUGGAAAAGGGGCUGAGGAAUUGAGGAACAUGCACAUAAUCAGAGAUCGCGAUCGUUUGAAGAGGCUGAUAGAAAACUAGGCUCUGCCAGCAAGAACAAAAGAGAACUUAAUUCAAAAGAGACUUGCCGUGAGAAAUAUUGGGUGAAAACUUGUAACAUUUAGCUGUUUGUACCAGCCUUGAAGAGGAUUCACCAGAAAGAAGGUAUUUUACAUGCUCAUAUAAUAGCACAGUGCCAGACAAGCCAACUUGAUGUAAAUAUCUAUACCAGUGUACAUAACAGCAAAUUGAUAAGUAGUGGUAAUUUUUUAGUUGAAAAAUUUCAAUUUCGAUUUCAUAUUUAGAAAAAGCGGUAGUGGUCUUUAAAUUCUUUCUACCAAGCUAAAAUGGAAUUUAGGUUAACUGCUAAGAUUGAGCAUGAAGAAGAAAUGGAAAUAGGACUUUAUGAGAGGCUCAUCAGCAGCCAACCUACAGGUAGCAGGCAUCAGGAAAGUCUCCGGUUCUGAUCAGUAUGAUCAUCAGUCAAGAACUCAAAAAAUGUCUGUUCAACGGCUUCAUGAUGAUUAUCUUGAGGGUAUAACAGAGGACAGUAGUAACAAGCAAAGGUUCCUUUCCUCAGAACUUGUAAAAAAUACGUUGUCCAGUAACAUUUUGAAGACUGAAUCUGUUAAUGUAAGUAAUGCAAAUGUUUCAGAAUUUAGUGAGCAUGGUAAUGUCCCUAAUCUUGAUCCCAGCAUUCCCAGACUUUCGAAUGAAUUGAAAGGUUGGUAUGUUCCUGCAGUGUCGGGCAUUACCAACAGUCAGUCUGAAGAUGUCAAAGUUCUGCCUGCUUCUAGUUUUGAUCCAGAUCAUUCAGUGAUGUCGAUGUUGUCUUGUCAUUCCAACCAAAGUCCAAUUCUGAAAGUAGAGGCCGAGGCAAAUAGUUCCUCUUCGUUUGCUUGUUCCAAUAAAGUGCUUCCUAGCCCCCCCACGGUCAAAGUAGCCCAAGAUCGCUCUUUCCCUGCUCGGGCUUUGCCGUCAACUUGUAGUCCAGUGGCGUCUGCUGGUUCUGAGGGUUCCACUUAUUGUCCAUUUGCAUCCGCUUGUUUCCAGGAUUCAGCUCAUUGUCCAGUGAUGUCUGCUGUUGUCCAGGGUUUGGCUCAUAGUCCAGUCACGUCUUCUGGUUUUCAGGAUUUGGCUCUUCCAAAGGUUUUAGCUGACAAAGUAUCCAGAUGCAGAAUCUCACUGCCAUCUGCUAAUGUCAAACAACAAAGUGUUCCAUCGGACAUUCGUAAACCUGGUGAGCCAUGUGGUCAGUCUGAGCUGUCACAUCGUAAACCACCUCAAUCAAGGAGAUAUUAUAAAAAGAUGGUUUCUGUUGGUGUCCAGUGUAGAUGUCUGUUCAUCCCUUUAAUAAAAACGGAGCCACUUGAUUCUGAUAACGAAGUAUCACCAGCUGUGUCUAGCAAUUUAGGAAGUAGACGUAGGCUGAGUGAUAAUGAUAAUGUACCUGAUCAUGGAGUCAUGAGUGAUGACAGUCGUCGGAAUAUAAUGUGCGAGAGUGAAAUAGGUUUUAUUGGAGUCUUACCUUCUAAACAAAGAGACAACAAUGCGAGCAUGAGAAGUUUGUCGGAUGAUGUCUCCGGUAAAGGCAGUAAAAUGAAUGAGCAGAUUUCUGGACCAGUCAUCAGAGACUUUGGGAGUAAACGUUUUAGUGAGCAUUCGACACCGAUGAUCGUAGAUCCUGCUCAUGGUGAUGUUGGAUCUGAGUUAGACACAGUCGGCUUGGAAAUGGACGUGUCGUGUGACGAUUUGACAGAUGGUGAAUCUUCAGGCUUGGGGGAGAUUUUAGAUGCAGAUUCAUUUGGGGAUGACUCUUUAGCCAACAUGCUUGGGGAUGCUUCAAGAAUUGGAAGACCUUCUUUUCAUGAGAAUGAGGGAGAUGCCAUUUCUGAAGCGACAACCAUUGUGAAAAGUGAAGAAGUUUCUCCCAAAAGUUCAUCUUGUGAAAAAAGAAAAAUAUUGUCUGGAUCUACUCAAGGUGAAGUUGUGAAGGAACCUCCUGCAAAGAGAAAGAGAGGACGACCCCCAGGAAGAAAAGUUGCACAAAGUUUUCAAGUUGUUGAGAAUGAAAAAGAAAUUUCCUCAGGUUCAGGUCUAGAUAAACUUGCUCCAGGUGAUGUUCUGAAGGAAACCCCUGCAAGAAGAAAGAGAGGAAGACCCCCAGGAAGAAAAAUUGCACAAAGUUUUCAAGUUGUUGAGAAUGAAAAAGAAAUUUCCUCAGGUUCAGGUCUAGAUAAACUUGCUCCAGGUGAUGUUCUGAAGGAAACCCCUGCAAGAAGAAAGAGAGGACGACCCCCAGGAAGAAAAAUUGCACAAAGUUUUCAAGUUGUUGAGAAUAAAAAAGAAAUAACCUCAGGUUCAGGUCUAGAUAAACUUGCUCCAGGUGAUGUUCUGAAGGAAACCCCUGCAAGAAGAAAGAGAGGAAGACCCCCAGGAAAAAAAGUUGAACUAAGUUUUCAAGUUGUUGAGAAUAAAAAAGAAAUAACCUCAGGUUCAGGUCUAGAUAAACUUGCUCCAGGUGAUGUUCUGAUGGAAACCCCUGCAAGAAGAAAGAGAGGAAGAAAAAUUGCACAAAGUUUUCAAGUUGUUGAGAAUGAAAAAGAAAUUUCCUCAGGUUCAGGUCUAGAUAAACUUGCUCCAGGUGAUGUUCUGAAGGAAACCCCUGCAAGAAGAAAGAGAGGAAGACCCCCAGGAAAAAAAAUUGCACAAAGUUUUCAAGUUGUUGAGAAUGAAAAAGAAAUUUCCUCAGGUUCAGGUCUAGAUAAACUUGCUCCAGGUGAUGUUCUGAAGGAAACCCCUGCAAGAAGAAAGAGAGGAAGACCCCCAGGAAGAAAAAUUGCACAAAGUUUUCAAGUUGUUGAGAAUGAAAAAGAAAUUUCCUCAGGUUCAGGUCUAGAUAAACUUGCUCCAGGUGAUGUUCUGAAGGAAACCCCUGCAAGAAGAAAGAGAGGACAACCCCCAGGAAGAAAAAUUGCACAAAGUUUUCAAGUUGUUGAGAAUGAAAAAGAAAUUUCCUCAGGUUCAGGUCCAGAUGAACUUGAUGAAGAAGGACUCCAGCCAGUGAUUCUGCAAUCUGGGAGGAAAAGAUUCGGUUGUCAACAUUGCAGCAAGUGUUUUUCUACUGCCAUCCAGUGUUCCCUACAUGAAAAAGAAGCGCAUGUUUUGUUGACUUGUGAUGAAUGUGCUGAAACCUUUUCCUGCGAGGCUGAAGUACAGAAGCAUUACAAUCUGAAGCACAAGGGCAAGUAUGUCAGGUUUUCAAAAGAGAUCCCAGAAGGGGAGUCUGAUGACAAUUUUGAAGUUCCUGAUGACAUUGAGAGUUCUAGUGCCAGUGAUAAUGAUUAUGUUGAUCCUGAAUAUGUAGACAAACAAGAGGAGGGGGAGGAUUUAGAUGAUGCUUUAUCUCAACAUAAAACCAGUUCGGCUAGCAUGAGAAAAAGAAGGAAGGGGAUGAUGGACAAACGGAAUCACAAUUCUGUAACAAAAGUUGUUUGUAAAUGUGGUAGGACAUACCAGAAGAAUCACGCAAAAAGACAUCUUGAAACAAGGAUGCAUAAAUCAUUUGAGGAUGCAAGAAAGCUUAAAAUAAAAGACAGAGGCAAUGAAACAAGUUUGCAUAAAUCAUUUGAGGAUGCAAGAAAGCUUAAAAUAAAGAAAUUGAGAAAAAGAAGGGAGGGGAUCAGAAAAGUGUGUUCUAAAAUUAAGUCUUUGUUGCAAAGAAAACAACUAGCACCUAGCACACAGAGCACCUCCACUUAUGUUUAUUGUUUGAAAGUGAAGGAGACAACAUUCAAUAAUUGUAUUAAAGGAUUUGUUCAACUGAAGCAGGAAUUAACUAGCAAGGAACAAAGGAAACUUCAGAAAGAACUUCAAGAAAAUCUUGAGGAAAUACACAAAAGGGUUAGAGAAAAUGUGUCAUAUCAGUCUGAGGAGGCCCUGGAUAACGGUGAGUUAUCUAAUGCUGAGUCUCUCGAAGACAGUACAGGAAUUACCCGUGACAAUCAGUUAAGUUCUUGUACUGGAAGCGCAAACAACGGGAACCAAAUAGGGACAAGAGUAGCCAACCGCAGUCAGCUCAGUGAUUUCAUUGCUGACACCAGCGGUCAGCUAAAUCCUGUGGCUAACAGCAGUGAUCAGCAAAGUCCUGGCAUUUUUGACACCAGUGAUAAGUUAUUUUGUUGCACUGCUGGUGCCAGCGACUACCUACAUGUAAGUACCAGUACUCACUUGGCAAAUUCUAGUGGCCAGUUGAGUCAGGACAUGGGUAACAACAGUGAUACACUAGGUACUUGCAAUGUUGUCGCCAGUGACAAGCUCAGUGCUGAUAAUGCCGACACAAGUGUUAAGCCAAGUGAUAAUGGAGAAAGUUGUGACUCAAGAAGUGAUGCUUAUACAUGUAUGUCAGACAAACUAGAAAAUAGUGGAAAUUCAGCUAAUUAUCCCGAAGACUGUGAUUCUAAGGACGAUACCAACCCUAGUUUUCUUGUGGAUUUUUUCAGAUGUGAAGUCUUCAGGCAUUGCUUAUCAAAAUCUAAAAAGAGAGGUAAAGAGAGACCUUCAGGAUUCCUCUUCAAUGUCAUAUUUGACUCUCUAGAAAAAGAAACACUUUUUCCCAUUUCUGAGAAAUUGUACAAUUCGUUACGUGUCUGUCUCCACCAUCGAUAUCAUGAGAUGUGUCCCAUUGGCAAAAAAGAAAAUUUGUCAGUUGGUUCUAAAAUCUCCGAUGUGUGGGCUGGCCAUCUUGAUACCAGGGAUAUUGACCGUGAUGGUGUCUUACAAAUGUUAGGGAAAAUAGAUUAUAGUUCCAAGAUAUCUGUGGAUUCGUGGAAAAUUGUCAAACCAAUGGAAAAAGGCAAAGACUUUUGUUAUUCAUUGCUUGUUGUGGACAAGACCCAUAAAAACAAACACAGAAUAGUUUCAGAUGGAGUAACAGGCUUCCUCCUUACACAGCAAGAAAUUACCGACCUUUCUUCAGUUGAAUCCUUAAUCAAGAAAUCACUUAAGCAGUUUGACAUUUUCCACCGGAGAUUUUCACACACAAUCACUACUAGUCCUGAUAAACUCCGCACUGAGCAGAAUGUGGGAGAUUUAGCAGAAGCUCAAAGGGGUGAAAAAGGAAUGACUUUGGUCCAAGAGGAAAGGUGUAUUGCUGGAAAAACAGCUAUCUCCGGUAUUUGCCCUCAAGGUGGAGAAGAGGACAGCUCAGAAAAAGGCCGAGGAAAAAGUACCACAAAUUCUGAAACCAGCACAGUAGAUCCUGCUGAUACUAGAGACUCGGAGCAUCGUCCUGAGGAAAUGAUGGUUUCUGCAGACGAUACCUCUGUGUUGGAUAUUGACUAUUCUGUAACGUUAUCAAAAUACUGCAAGUGCUGUUACAUAGAGUGUAUGAAGAGGUCUCAAAGGACGAGAAGAUAUUGUUUCAGUUUCAACUUCUCUUCCAUAUCCAUUGACGGAAACAAUUUGGAUGAUAUUACAUUGAAGAUCUACAAGUCAUUAUUGGUCACUCGUUUCCGUGGCAUUUUUCUCAACAAUUUUUUCACUGUGGCACAGAUGAAAGAGGUAAUCCAAAAUCUCUGGGAUAACAAGUGUGACAUUUCUGUGCCUGAAUUACUGUUGAUGUAUAAGGUACGGGAAAAAGGGCUAUUUUGGUGCGAUGAAUGUCAGGUUACUUUGGCCAAUGAAGUUGAGGUGGCCAAGCACCUGGGUCAGUCCUGUCAUUUAAUUUCUGGUCAAAGCAACAAAUUGUGUCCUAUUUGUGGCAAGUCCUUCAAAGGCAACAUCCUUUUUCUACGUCACAGGAUAACAAAGCAUCACCAUGCAGUGUUGUUACCACUUAUGCCUGGGGCUAUAAAACGCUGCCCGCAUUGCCAAAAACCUUUUUACAACUCGACAGCAUUAAAUAGACAUAUCCAGUAUGUGCAUCAGGGUACCAAUACCAAACCAGUUGAACCAGUUGAACCAGUUGAACCAGUUUUGUGUAAUGAGUGCGGUAAACUUCUACAGACCAAAGAGGGUGUAGUGAAACAUAAGCGAUGGCAUUAUAAUGAAAAAAAAAGAAUGAGUUCAGGAGUAAUCCCAUGCCCAUAUUGCUCCAAAACCGUAAGGGCAUGUAAAUUUUGCCAGCAUUUGGAAACACAUGAGAAUACCAAACAAUACUGUUGUGAGAUUUGCAAGAAGAGAUUUAAGAUAAAAUGUGCUUUAACCAUGCACAUGAAAAUCCACUCUGAUGUCCGAGAAUUUACUUGCCCUGAAUGUGGCCAAGAAUUUCGCCACAAGGCCCACAUGCAGAGCCACUUGAGGCGUCAUACUGGAGACCUGUUCGAGUGUCAGUUGUGUGAGAGGACCUUCACCAUCAAAACUAAUCUGAAGAUCCAUCUUCGCAAGAGACAUCCAGAACACCAAAAGGCAGAGAUUUACACUUGCAAAUUUUGUUGUGAAGAGUUCAUGAGGCUCACAGAUCUGAACAGACACAUCGAUGUGGAACACAUGUCCAGUUCAAAGGCUGGUGACUCGGAUAGGAUUGAUAAGCCUACAACUUCCCUUGAUGGUCGACUCUUCGAGUGUAAUCAUUGCAAUAAGAAAUUCGCGAAGAAGUAUUAUUUGAGGAAGCACAUUUGUUCAGCCCAUCAGGAUGGUGUAAACGACAAGAACAAUGUGAAGAGUUCAAGAACACAAAAGUUGGACAAGGUCAUUAAAGACAAAAAGGCUGUGAAAAUAAAGAUGCUAAAGUCAGCAGAGGUGAGUUUUGACAAAGAUGGCAAUGUGACAAAGAGAAAAAGAGAGACUGCUGGUAAAAAGCAGCGGAAAUGCAACAUGCCAAAUGAUGGAGCUCCUAGAAACACAGAGGAAAAGAAGUUGGCAAAACGAAAAGUUUCCGAGACAAGAGGCUCUUGAAAGAGGAUCAAGAUGCAGCCAAAGUUCAAGUCUUCCUCCAAAAGGAAAGGAUGCAAGUAACAUUUUCCAGAAGCUGAUCUUUUCACCCAGUUAUUUCUUGCCAACAAGACUUUGAUAGGUGGGGACAAAUAAUCGUGAUGUUGGAAAUAUUGUUGUGUGGGCAUUACGAAAACCAAAAACAUUGUUCCGGAACAAAGAUUCAAGAUGGGUCGAUGAUUCGUGCCAACUUGGUACAAGUACUUUUCACUCUAAUUAUUUCUUGGCACUUGGGUAUGGUGUUUUGCAUGCUGUACCAAUAUAACACAUGCAUGGUGUUUUGUUACAAUAGAGACUUGAGGGUACAUGUAUGUUUGCUUCAGGUUCCGGUUUGAUAAUGGCUUUAGCGACACAUGUUGGGUGAGAGACAGUGUAAUGGGUUUGUCUCAGAGUUCGUGCUGGUCCUGGUGUCAGGGUUCAGUUUGGCUCCGACUAGCAGGUCUCUCAGGUUUGGACAGCGUCUGAAGCCUUGAGUGAUGGGGGAUUCGAUCAAGUGGAGGGUUGUUCGGUGCCUGGCGAGAAUGUCUUUGUUCUCGCUGAUGAUUUUGUACGGUUCAGUUUGGGCUGGGUUGUACGCUGUGACGAAGAAGAAGAAAGGAGGUUGUGCCUCGGUGUCUGUCUGUGUGUCCGAUUGUUGGCAAUAAGACUCUGUCUUGCCUGUGGGCUUUGAUCAGUGACUUCUCUAUUCACAGGUUUAAUAUAGAUUUCAUGUUCUUUCCCAUCAUGUCCUUUGAUCUUCCUCCUAUUUGAUUAAAUACUUGAACUGUUUUUCGGUGAUCUCAAUGCAUGAUAUUCUACAUGGGUUUUCAUUUUCUUAGAUAAAUAAUGAUUGUAACCUAAUAUCCUGUAUUGUAAAUGUGAAAUGUCCUGUAUGGUAAAGCGUUACUUUCAAGAACACAGGCAGUGCAGAUGUCGUGACAGAAAAAGAUGCCAAAAAGGAUGUAAAUCUUUGACUCGUGUGCCACACUCAGUUGAUUAACCAUGAUGUUAUCUACACUGGUCACUUUAUCAGUGAUGUCAGCGGGGUCAAGGACACAGUUUGACAUCCAAAUAAUGCCACUGUGCAGUCUCAUUGCAGUAUUGGUAUUUAAGGUACACCUCAUAAGGGGUAUUUCAGUCAUGCUACUGUACACCACAUAUCUGGAUUAUUAUGCUGACUUCUACUAGUUCCAAGAUUUUCAUGAAGAAUUUGGCAUUUAAUCCUUUUCUUUUCAUAUCAUAUAGGGGCCCAUCUAAAUGCUUGUGCCAAUAAACAAUAAACUUUGUUUUGUGGUACUUUUCUACCUGUGUUUUUGACUGAAUAUAAGCUCAUUAGUCAUUGGCUAAUAAUUUUACAGCACUUGUCAUAAGUGCUUGCGCUAAUGAACAGGUUUAGCGCACCUCGUUUAUAAGCUUGGUGUGUUUAUAUGGGCACCUAUACGGAGGGGUUGGACCUUUCCCCCAUCCCACUGCUUUACAUUCCAUACUGCACACUAGCAUGCGUGAUUGUAAAUUUAUUUUUUGUUAUGAAGUAUGUAUGAACCGAGGGCAAAUUUGUGCCAUGCAGAAACAGGUCUGUAAAGGUCAGUGUCCUGAUAAGUGGUCCAGGGAGCAUUACACACCCACAGCCUUUGUUUAAGGCCUUGGGCAUGAAAGGCUUUCUCAAUUGCUUAUACAUGGAGACCAGCCUGAAUGUGCUGUACAAAAAUUUGGAAAUCAUGUUUACUUUUGGAUUAAAUCAUGUUUACUAAAGACUUGUGUAAAAUGUAAUUUGAUAUUGCAAAGACUGGGUUCUUGCCUAUCACUCUCAACUGAAUUGAUCUUAUAAUAUACUUCUUAAAGUUUCUGCAUUUAAAAAAUGCAAAUUUUCCUAGUAUAAGUUCCUGGUUUGUUGUAUUGUGCUUUAUGUACCACUGUAUGGAUGCUAUAUAGUUUGGCCAGAUUCCAAUAUUUCAUUACCCAAUACAUCUAUGCCUAAAUUGUAUUUUAUGAAUAAAUAAUUAAGUAGCAGAAA